AUGGUGCUGAGGUCAGCAUGGUUUCGUGGUUCGCAAGGUAUGGAAGGUAUACAAAUGGAAGUGAAGAAAUUAGACCAACAAUCGCUGUUGUUUUUGGAAAGGGAGUGUUUGACAAGCCUUUGCAAGCGUGCCAAGAAGAAGCGCAAUAGGGAAGCUGUCCACAAAUGGCGAGAGAAUGGGUCCAAGUCAAUAGUGUUGGACGUGUUGACGACUUUGCAGUAUGUUGCCCUUCGUCCCCCUUGCCCCCUUGCCCCCUACAACAUGCAAAUUCUAGACUCCUUCUCGCCCACAAAACUAACACAAAGCUUCAAUCAGCCGCCAGCGGCAUAUCCUUCCCAAAGCAGAACAACCAACACUCUCACUAUGUCCAACAUGCCUACCACGCUCCUCGAUCUGUCCGACGAGCUCUUGGCACACAUCUGCAGCUAUGCCAUGAUCUCCCUCGCCGCCGAUGAUAAUAAUAAUAAUAAUAAUAACAACGAUGACAAUAAUACUUCAUCUUCCCCCCAAACCAGCAACCCAACAACUCCAUCCAACCCUCGCCCCAAAUUCCCCACCCCCAUAAACGGAGUCAUCACCGAACAAAUUUCCAAGCGCCUCCGCCAUCUCCUCCAACCCUUCCGCUGCUGUCAUCGACUCUACAAAAUCGCCAAAUACCAAUUUCUCGAAUCCAACGUCAUCGUUCUCAAUUUGAGCGACAUUCGAGGUUCGGCGAGUAGAUUGGAAUUUACUUCGGGUACUACUCAAAUGAUUAUGACGGGGAAUCCGGAUCCUCUUUUGCGGAAUCUCGUGCAUGUACAACUCGUGGGGGAGGAGGAGGAGGAAGUCAAGGGUUGACGGGUUUAUGGAGACGUGGCGGUGGUGGGAGAGAAGAUAUAUUAUCUCUUAGCAAAGAAACUGAAAAUCUUCGAUGUUUGAAGGAUUUAUGUCCUGCUCUUCGUACUUGUCAUUUAUUUUUAAAGGUGGAUGAAU